AUGGCUAACAAGCGGGCUUCGAAGCGGAGACGCACGAACCACGCUGUAAAACACCACCACCAACAAGAAGAAGAAGAACAAUCAGCGCAGAAAGUGGAGGAAGAUAGUAAAAAUUUAGCAGAGAAAUCGGAGAAGGUAGAGACAAAAGAGAAAUCUCCGGUAAUCGUCCUCGCUCACGGAGCCGGUGCUCCUUCCUCCUCUGAUUGGAUGAUUAAAUGGAAAGAUAUGUUGGCAAAGGCGCUACAUGCUAUUGAAGUAGUGACCUUUGACUAUCCUUAUAUUGCUGGAGGGAAGAGAAGGGCUCCCCCCAAGGCUGAAAAAUUAGUUGAUUUUCACUGUGAUAUUGUUAGAAAGACUGCGGCUAAGUACCCUGGACAUCCAUUAGUCUUGGCUGGGAAGUCCAUGGGAUCAAGGGUCAGUUGUAUGGUUGCUGGAGAAAAAGAUAUAACUGCUUCAGCUGUAGUUUGUUUGGGAUACCCCCUAAAGGGCAUGAAAGGUGCUGUGAGGGAUGAAACCCUGCUGCAACUCACUGUCCCUGUAAUGUUUGUGCAGGGUAGCAAAGAUGGGCUCUGCCCGCUAGAGAAGUUGGAAGCCGUAAGGGAGAAAAUGAAUGUAGUUACAGAAUUGCAUGUGAUUGAAGGGGGUGACCACUCUUUCAAAAUUGCCAAAAAGCAUCUACAGCUGAGCGGGUCCAGUCAAGAAGAAGCAGAAGACCAAGCUGUUCAAGCUAUCGCGAAAUUUCUUUCAAGUUCCGGCAGGUGA